AUGGAGGAAGAAGAUGAGGAGAGCAUGUAUGCGCCUGCUGAAAGCGCCGAGCCAGAUCCGGGUGUGCAUACAAACAAUGGGACCGGCAAUGCACCAGUCAAAAGGGAGGGGAGGAACGAUGAAGAGGAUGGUGAAGAAGAGGGAGAAGAGGUAGAGGAGGACGAGAGUGACUCGGAUAUAGAUAUCAUCACUGAGCGAAAGGGCUCAGAAGCCAGACCAGAGCCUGCACAGCCUCGUCGUGUUGCUUCACUAAAGGAACCGCAAUCUGGGACACCAUCUGCUGAAGCAGUGCCUGCUGCUCAGCGCUCCCCAGCAAUUAAGAACGAACCUUCAGGCAAAGAGACUCCGACGAGACUCGGCUCAUCCUAUCCAGCAGUCAAGAUUUCGAAUAUCGAAGUCGACGCCAAACCCAUCUACGAGCCAAAUGGAAAACCAAUUACAGAUAUCGACAUGGAUACCGAUUUUCCCGAGGACGACAAGCCUUGGCGCCGACCAGGUACAGACAUGAUUGACUACUUUAACUACGGGUUUGAUGAAUUCACAUGGGCGAGCUACUGCUUGAAGCAAGGCUCCUUACGGAAAGAGGUCACGGAUUCGAAGAAACAAAUGGAGGAGAUGCAAAAUUUCCUCAGCAUGCCAUCUGCAAUGCCAGGUAUGCCUGGAGCCCCUGGAGGUGCACCACCUGGUAUGCCACCUAUGGGUGGACCCGCAGAUAUGCCACCAGAAAUGCAGCAGAUGAUGGCGCAGAUGAUGGCUCAAGGCAUGGAUCCCACGCAAAUGGAUCCCGCAACUUUCAUGCAGAUGAUGCAGGGGGGUCAAGGAGGAGCAGGAGGAGCAGGAGAUUCGAACCAGAACUUUGGUGGACAAGGAUUUGGUCAACAGGGUCAGAAUCAGCAGAUGGGGUACGGAUAUGGUGGUGGUGGUGGUGGAGGGGGCGGUGGGGGCAGAAAUCAAGGCGGCCGUGGAAACCGCAGAUGGUAG